AUGGUCGAAGUAAAGACACUCCUUACCUGGGCCCAACAGCGAGGCGCCUCCCUAUCUCCAUCAGUGGCUGUUGAUAAGUCACCCGUUGGUGGUUUGGGUAUCAUCACUUCACAGCCUAUUGAGGAAGAUGCUAUAGUCCUUCGAGUGCCUCAACGCAGCACCUACGAUAUCCAAACAUUACUCCAGUACACUGAAGAGCUCAAAAGGAGAAUGACCAGCCCUACAGAGACGACAGUCAUACGUGGCUACAUAUGGAGUUUCGCUAUCUUGCAAUCUAUGGGAGUUGAUUUGAAACUCAUCUCGCCAUACUUGGACGUGUUGAAGACAACAGAGAUACUUGAUGUGGACGAGAACCUAGAAGCGCUGGAUAGCUUUGUUCAAUGGCAGAUCAUACAGAAGAAGCGGGUGGUGCUGGAGCGGACGGAGAUUAUAAAGGCUCAUCCUGACUUAGCACAGCACCUUUCCCCUGAAACAGCAUUCAGACUUCAUCAGGCAGUGAAGUCUCGAGUUCUCGAGAUUCCCCAUCCUGUAGAAGACGAAACCUACCAAUUCACUACGCGAGUGACUCUCGUGCCAAUGCUAGAUUUCGCCAACCAUGCCAGGGACAACAACGCAGUGUUUGAUGUGGACAAAUCCACUGGAGACGUGGUGCUUCGAGCCAUACACGCAAUUCCUAAAGAUGCAGAAGUUUUCAUUAGCUAUUCGCCUUCGAACGAUAAAGGAAUGUUUUUCAAGACCUACGGGUUCAUUCCUCGCGAUGGAGAGUACGAAUGGGUGCUCCCUCGUUUCAACGAUAUCGUCAACACCACAAAGAAAACCGAAGACGUUGACUAUACUAAGAUGGCCAAAUGGCUCAGAAUCAUGCCUCGCCUUAUUCUAACUUCUUCCCAAGGCCAGGUGCGUGUGGAUCUCACCGAGUCCCGGCUUCCACUCUUGAUGGUGCCAGGGCUCACAUACUACUCUGGAUGGAGGACUGAGAAAGCGGAUAUCGAGGAGGACGAACAGGACAUUGAGGAAUUGAUUUUCGAAGAAGAAAACAACCCAGUCAUCUUAUCUACAGAAACUGCUUAUGGUGUUGUCUACGAAGAUGCUUACGUGAGCGUCCCAAAUAUAUUAGAACAGACAUGGGAAGACUCCGAGAACGGGAUCCGCGAGCUAGUGGAGCUUACUAAACCGUUGCUUAAGUUAGCUGCGGAAACAAGCAAAAAGGCCGAUUACACUACUUUGGCUGCAAUUGCCACGCAAUACGAUAGCACGCAAUUACAAAGCUAUUUUGCAGCAAAGCACGAGCUUCUCCAGCAUCUUCUCCAGCUUUCCACAGAUGACUUUAUCAAUUACAACUCAAUUCUUAUAAUGGUUUCUCAAGUCGCAUCUAAAGCUGAAUUCCAGGAAGCUCUCAAGCACGACGGUUUGGUCGUUGUUGACUUCUUCGCCACCUGGUGUGGUCCUUGCAAGAUGAUUGCUCCUUUGUUGGACAAGUUCUCCAAGGAGUACUCUGCUGUUAAGUUCGUCAAGGUUGACGUUGACGAGGUUGGAGAGGUUGCCCAGGAGUACGAGGUCUCUUCCAUGCCUACCAUCAUCUUCUUCAAGAACGGUGAUGUUAUCCAGAAGGUCAUUGGUGCCAACCCUAACGCUUUGAAGCAGGCUUUGGCUGCCAAUGCUUAA